AAUAUUCUACAGCAAAUUUUAAAUUUAUGUUGGGUUCUUAAUUUUUUUAUAUUCUUAUAAACCAUAAGGUUUUAUAAUAUUAUUACUGUACUUACAAUGAAAUACAUUUCGUUUAGCUUAAUCGUAUCUUUAUUUUUUGCUGGUUAUGUUAUCAAUACAAUAUGGAAUUUAGCUGAAAUAUUUAUACCGCCUGAAUGUAGUCGUGGCGAAAAAUGUUUUACAUCUUAUUUGGCUUCAAAUCCUGUGCAGUGUCUAGUGUUAUUUACUUCAGUUACCGAAAAUCCUUACAGGGAUGGGAUAUCGGGUGCGUCAGUAAAUAAAGUUCACACGUCUUUAAAAUUCGAUUACCGUAAAUCUUCAAAAAUGGUUGUGAAUUUAAAAAUACCGCGCCGUACUCGAAAUAAUGGAUCUUUUUAUAUGCAUGCUGUACUAUUGGAUGAAAAACGCCUGUAUGAUGAUUUUAUUGAUAUAUUCAAGACGGAAGCUGUUCAUACCUUGCCUCUUGUCACAUUUAUGGAACCUCAGGCUGAAAUGUUCAAUCUUCUACAAGCUAAAACAGAAAAGAAAGCUCCACAGAAAAGAAUGAAACCAUAUGCCCACAUAUCUACAGAGGCACCGCUGUCAAUAUUGACAGAUAAUUUAAACUUGCCUCCAAAAAAAAUUCCUGGUGAAUUAUAUGCCUAUUUGAGGAUUAAACAAGGAAAAUUUUUGCCAAUAAUCCAGCAUAAUGUUUUAAAAUCACGAAUAUCCCAUUUACAAUUACUAAAUAGCAGUAGUUCAGAAGUGAAUGUGACUGUUGAUGUGGCACCAACAUCAUAUGGUGUGUUAAGAUUGGCAUUGCAUGUAAAAUUGGCACUAGAGCAACUCCAGAUGCUGGGCUUCAGUGAGAAGGAUGUGGACGAUGUUAAAGGAAUAUUUGCUGACACAAAUUUGUACCUUCUAUCUGCAACUGUUCUAAUUGCAAGUUGUCAUCUGCUAUUUGACUUCUUGGCGUUCAAGAAUGACGUGUCGUUUUGGCGUAGUAAGCGGUCUUUAGCCGGACUGUCGGCUCGCACUGUGCUGUGGCGGGCAUUCUCGCAACUCGUCAUCUUCUUUUAUCUGAUUGAUGAACAGACAUCUUUACUGGUUCUUGUUCCGGCCGGUGUUAGUGCCGUUAUCGAGUUGUGGAAAGCCAGCAAAGUUCUGCACGUGCGCGUGUCUGUAUCGGGCGGGCGCGUGCGCGUGUGGCGCGAAACGGGCGACGCUGGCGAACAGCAAACGGCAAGAGCAGAUGCAGAGGCCAUGCGCUACCUUGCCCUCGUGCUGUACCCACUCUGUGCCGCUGGGGCCCUUUACUCGCUGUUGUACGAGCCACAUAGGAGUUGGUACUCAUGGGCGCUGCAUAGCGUUGUUAAUGGCGUGUACGCAUUCGGGUUCAUACUGAUGCUACCGCAGCUGUUCGUGAAUUAUCGGCUGCGGUCGGUCGCAGCACUCCCUUGGCGUGCCUUCAUGUAUAAAGCUUUCAACACCUUCAUUGACGACAUUUUCGCCUUCAUCAUCACGAUGCCGACGGCGCACCGCGUUGCCUGCUUCCGCGAUGACAUCGUGUUCCUCAUAUAUCUAUACCAAAGAUGGUUGUACCCUGUUGACAAAUCGCGUACUGAUAGCGCCCUUAGUAUGGACGAGAACCCUGAUGAGUUGGAACCUGCAAAGGAGAAGGCUGACUAAGGUUUUUGAAAGAAGGCACGUUUCCUGAUCAACUUCCUGGGUAGAUCACAAAAACUGACAGACGAGAGAUUGGAGCUAUUUGCACAAUAGUCGUAUAAAACUUUAACUAAAUAUGUGCUGUUAUUAGAAAACGGAGGCAUCACGCACGACUAAAGGCAAAAUCUGGAAUUGCUGUUAUUAAGGCUUUUCACGAAUUUAUUUUAAUAUAUUUGAAUGUGACUGUAUUUAUUGUCUGAAUGCGUGUGUUGUUCAUCAUUUAUAUUGCUCUAAAAUGUUUUUAUUUUUUCCUAUAAACCUAUUUAUAAUUACAUAAAAAAUACAGUCCUAAAAUUUUAGUGACGAAAUUUAGUGAAGUGUUGUGUUGUGACUCCAAAGUACUGUACAUUUUCCAAAUAAGUUAUGACUUAAAGGUCUAUGGGUCAUAAAAUUAAAAAAAAACGUGUGGCACUCGGGGACGAGUAUAAGCAAGCAAGUAAACGUAUGCAAUUAUAAUUGUUUAUUUAUGCAGUAUUUUUUGAGAGAUGUGACACGCAGUAUGCAUUCUGUCCUGCUCUAAUGCAUAUUGCGCGCACCUUUAUUACGUCAUAGUAUGUUAGGUUAUUUUCGUUACGGAAUUUCUUGACUCGGUCGCCGCGCUCAAUGCCUGCUAUAAAAAAUCUUAAUAUUUUUCAGCGCUGUCAAUAAGCUUUGCCUCUAUUUUAGGUUUAACUAAAAAGUUUUUGGUCUUAAUAAAAAUAUUUGGCGACACGUGUGCCCUGGAUACAGAAAUGGUCUAUGACCAAGCAACAAUAUUGGGUCAACAGGCCCGUCAUUUGUCUUCCUACAGAACAUUUUUUAAAUGCAUCGUAAAAUACACUUUAAUAACAAAGCUGUAAAGACGCUAUUACUAUAUAUAUAUAUAUAUUCGCUUAUUGUUUUCUAAUAGACGUAUGGUCUCAAUUAUAGCGGUUCACGCUGCUUCGAUGUUUUAAACGUAGUUUGAUAGAUAUUUUUAAAUCUAGACAUCGAAAAUUUACUAAUUAUUUAGCAUUUAUUUUGAUGAAUAUAACAAAUGCUGAGAUAAUAUUGCCGUUGAAGUAAGUGCACAAAACUAUUGUCUAUGAUUUAAAAUUAAAAUGUUUGUAUCAUGUUGGAGUAACUGGCGUUUCGUAAAGUUACCUUUGCAGGGUUUAUUUUCGCCUUUUUCAUAUUCAAUGCACGUACGUUUCCUUUGAAUUUAAACAAAAAAUCUGAACUUUGAAGGAUUUUUAAGAAAAUACUUGAUAUUAACUUGUUUAUAACACAUAAUAAACUUAAGACACCUUUUUUAAUCCAUUUUUGUGUCGAUUCGUGUUUAUGGGGUGAAGAAUCAGAAGUUAGGUCAACAGUUUAAUAAAACUUCUUGCUUAGCAGACGCUAUAGGCGUAGCUUGUUUUAAUAUUUGUUCAGCUCUCUCAUUCUCAGUGCAUUUCGAUAUAGGUUUUUCAAUAAAGCUGGGGAUCGCGUUUCGAAAAUUUUCGGAAGUUUUAGGGUAAUAGAUUUAAUAUUUGCUUUAUAAUACAAAUUAUUUUCACUAAGGUCGAAGUAUGUAUCUACUAGAGACUAGGUCUACUAGCAAGUCGGAUUGUUAUGAAUAAAGGAUAUGUAUUUCUUCUGCAUAUGUCAAUUUAAAAAAUCUUUGCGUCCGAUCUGGUUCGUCGUGAAUAUCAUUCGAACCAAAUGCAUGAUUUAGUUUUUAUAUAAAGAGAGGCUUGCGUUUUAAGGCUCCAAGUAAUAUAAGAGGCUGAUUAUAUUUUAUCUACAUAUAUGGCUUGUGCGAAACGAGAAUCUGCAGGUUUGGUCUGGUCUGGUAUGCAGAUCUCGUUGCCGUAGUAAACUCCUAAAAUGACGUGUUUUUUUUUUAUAAUUGUGAAAAAAUUCUUUAUAAGGUAUUUUUAGCACAGCAACAUUCCUGUUUAUGUAUUUUUAAGUAGAUAAUUAUAUUAUAAAUUUACUUCGAAAAAUGUAAGGCUCUUGUAUUUUUAUUAUUAUUUUCUAGCCUGUAAAUUGUUUAUGGAGGCUGAAUAUUCAAAUGAAUUAUAAAUGUUUGAAAUAAAUGCGAUACAACAGC